GGAAAGAGACGAAGCAAAUGUGUUCCACUUAAUAAGGCAGAAGUAAACUUAGAAAACUUUGCUAUAACGUUCAGAGGCUGAGAUAAUUUAAUUAAACUUCCGAACAAAGCAGUUGCGGUGCCGUUUGCUCCUUCAGGGAAUGUGCAGCGAUAUUUAAAAGCACCUGCUCGACUGCCACGCAGGAAAGACAAAUUUUUGAUUGCGUGACGAGGGGAGUUCAGUCUCGGGUCGCGUCGUCGAUAACAUGAUUGUUUCCUGAUUCCCCGUGACUAUUAAUUUCGGUGGGUUUAUAUUUUUGAGCAAUUGCUAUUUUUAUUAUUUUUAAGGUGAAAUUUCCGGGAGGAGCAGUGCCGAUGCCUUUUUAGCUCUUCUUCAUCAUGUUGUUGGGACUAGACUAGUUUAGACUAGUGAAUCAUUAUUUAUUAUUAUAUAUUCUGAAUACAAACAAAGACUUCAAAGACAGAUAAAGAAAAAUAAAGUGCUCAUGGGGGGAAAAAAGAAUACCAGAGGAUAAGUGUUAGACAAAAAGUUUGAAAUUAAUACAUAACUGAAUAAUUUUAGGACUUUUCCCUGGAGGUCAAGAUGUGAUUCUGCUGAACUUCAGCCAAGUGUGAGGCUACAUCCCUAUUAAAUGCUGCCAUUAGAGAUUAAGAAGAAACAUCUUCAUUUAACAAAAACCUUUUUCCAGAGCAAUUUACAAUUCAGUUAAUAAAAAUUAAAAAAAAUAUAAAUAAAAGUGUAUUUCAAUGGCAGAGUUAUGGAUGUAAUGGUCAAAGUGGGCAGGCUGUCCAAUAUGACUGUUUUUGCGUGCACACAAAAUAGGACUGAAUGUCUAGAAUCUGUCAUUUAACUAAAGUAUCUAAAUACAUUUAUUUAGCUGACACUUUUCUCCAAAGCAACUUAUAAUGUUAAACUACCUGCGAUUCUUUGCCAAUUUAUACCGCUUGGCAACUUUUACGGUAAGUACCUUGCUCAAAGGUAUAGCUGGAGGUGGGAUUCAAACCACUAUGCCACCAGCUGUCCUUAUUUAAUAUGUAGUCUUUUCAAGAUGUAUUUGCAGGCUUUACAAAGUCAUGGGGUGUGAAAGGCUUCCUCGUCAGCCUGGAGGAGAUGGAGAAUAACAUCCAGCUGCUUACCUGGAACUGUUACGUUCCUACACUCUAAAGAAUGUUUUGAGACUGAUAUUGGUGGUAGCUCUUUUUUAAAACUGUUGGUGUGUUGGGUCUAUUAAGUAUGUUCUUUAGAGUAGAGGAUCAAAACACGUUUCCAAAACAUUCACCAGUGUGGCUGCCGAGCUGUGCCUCUGGAAUGGAGGGCACUCCGGUUUCUGCUACAGAGUACAUAGAUUCCGGCAGGGCACUCCUUUUGGAGGGACUUCGCAACCUUGAACUCCUUGUGGAAGAGCUACAGGAGCGCCGGGUCUUCACUGAAGAUGUAGCCAGCAGCAUUACUGCCAGUCCUCAGAGGCUAGAGAAGGUGAAAAAACUGCUGGACACGAUCAUUGAGACAGGUGAAGGGGCAUCCUAUGCCUUUUUGGAAGUUCUGUGCCUCACAGCAGACAGAACAUGCCUCCCUCAGCAACAUUCAACAUCCGAGCAGGCUUUAGAUGAGUGGGUCAACUUGUUCUUCUCCAGAUACAAGCCCCAGCUGAAGUCGGGGUCUCGUUCAAGGUGUUGUCUCAUGUAUCAGAAUGCCCUGCGAUUAAAAGCAAAAGAAAUUCUGAAUAAUGAGUGGAUCCAGAUCAAGAGAAUCCUUAAAGAUGACACCAAUCUAAGAAAUGUGCAUAUGCCAUUUGUGUCAAAAAUAACGAAGAAGUCCUCGGUCCGACAAAAAUCCUCCUCAACAGAGAAUGAAGACCUGUCUCCUGAUGACUUGCUAAAAGUGUACGAGAAAAAGGUUCUUAUACUAGGAGAAUCUGGCAUAGGAAAAACAGCUCUUGUACUGAAGGCUCUUCGCCAGUGGUUGGAAAAAGAGUACAGUGAAACUGACUACAUGUUCUACUUCGACAUGGAUACUUUGUGCCUUUCAGAGCAGUUGAACUUGAAGUCCCUCCUUUUCAGCAAAUACUGUAACUGUCAUUUUGGGAUUGAUGCUGAUGAAGUUUUUCAGGAUAUUAAGGAGCAUUCCAACAAAGUGGUCAUCAUCUUUGAUGGUGUGUCUGAAAGUAUGUUUAGUUCCAAGACAUCAGGUACUGGCAUAUCAGGUACUGUAAACGUUGACAUAAAAUCACUGAUGGGCAACAUUUUGAGAAAAAGCAUUUUGCCAGAAGCAAAAGUUAUAGUAACUUGCCAGCCACACUUUGAAAAGAAAUUUUUGGGAUAUGUACCUGACUGGCAGGAGAACUACAGAGUUGAAAUCUUGGGUUUCAGUAAGAGCUCCAUCAGUAAGUUCUUUGAAGCAGUACUGAAUGAAACUCUGGAUUUAAGCUACGUGUUGAAUAACCCGGAGAUGUUAAAUCUCUGCCGAAUUCCACGUUAUACCUUCAUGUUUGCUGCUUGCAUUUUAUCUCAAGGCAACAAGUUCAGUGGUCUUCCUACCACUAUAACAGAGUUGUACCUCCACAUCUUUCAUCUCUGCUUGGGAAAUCAGAGUGUAAGAAAAGAAGGGAUUGACCAGAAAUUGGAUCUUGGCCAGAACACUGAAGAAAGCAGAGAAGAGGUACAGCGUUUAGCAGAGCAAUGUUUUAAUCGGUUAAUGCUGAAACCCUGUGGCUCUUCUGGACUCACUUCUGUCAACAACAUGCAACAGGCUGACUCUGAUGAAUCACAUUCAUCUCUACUGUCAUUAAUGCCUAGCCACCACUGCAUGGAAGCUUUCUGGGCUUCCUUUUGGCUAUUAGGGAACCCAGAAAAGGUGAAUGAGGUCCUCCAUCAAUGGAGGACUGAUAGAGGAAAGCAAAUGGAAUUCAUGAUCUCUUCUCUGUGUGCACUUAUCUCUAGUAAAAAUACCAAGCUGGUCAAGUGUAUAGUUCCAGAGAGCAAGAUGAAGGUACUCACUGAUGAGUGUCGUGCAGAAGUUAUCGAUAUGCUCCUCUGCUCUGUUGCUGGAGAUGUGUGUGAAAUGGGUUUCAGAAACCUCUUUGCUUGUUUUUGCUUGUAUGGGUAUCAGUCUCCAGAGGCAUGCAUCCACUUCUUAAAGGAACAAAAGUACAAACUUGACCUUAGCAGCACAACACUGGACACCUUUUUGUGCUGUGCAGUGUCAUACAUCAUUAAGCAGUCACGUGAGAAGAAGGUGAGAGUGAACUUGGAGAAUUGUUCAUUGUCUGAACCAGGACUAAAUGUGAUCCUGAGCUGUUUACAACAUGUUCAGUCUUUCAGAGGGACCUCACUGACGAGAGCACUUUGGAAGACCGCACUGCAACACGGGCAGCAGAGAGAAGCUACCAGCUUGCUGACGCUUAGUGAAAAAGAAGUUCAUUUUCCUGUUCAGGACCACUGUGAAAGCCUUAUGUUGGCGACUGCAGCAUUUGUGAUGAAGCACAGUGAGGAGAAGAUUCAGCUGAAUUUAAACUUUGCUCAAGACAGACAACAGCCUUUUGACGCUCUCGUUGAAAUGAUUCUUAACAAUCUGUCCAAUAUCCAUACAAUCUGUUUUUCUGUAGAAAGUUUUACCGCAGACUGCUUUGGAAUGCUUGGUCCGAGUAAUUUGUCUGAGCAGAGCACAGAGACCAUUAUUAGCUUUCUGCUGGAUCUGUAUCUGCAAGCUGCCAUCACUGAUGUCCGAACUGGAAAAAAUAGUGUGCAACUGAUGCUGCUGUUGUGCAAUUUUGAAAAAAUUCCUUUUAAAUUAAGCUUAUGGGGAAAUUCCAUUUUUGGACACAACAUCCAAGAGGAAAAGCACUGUGAUUUCCUACUAAAGCUGUUUUCAAAGGCCAAAGAAUAUGAGACUGUAACAGGAAGGAGAGUUUUGCGAGCGCUGCGGGUGGUAUACGACUCAGUCUCCGCUGACUGGGUUGUAGACCUCACCAAGACGAAAGCAUCACUUUUCCUUGAAGUGUUGAAACUCCAGUCGGCAAAAACACCUGUGACGCUUCUGGGGUGCUCUCAUGAGGAGAGUGAAAUGAGGAAUUUCCUUCAGUGUCUACCCUACAUUUCUACCCUGAGUUUCCCAUGGAAGGAUGCAGGAAACGACUGGCAGCAAAAUUGCAUAAAGUUUCUGGUCAGUUUGUUUAUUCAGGCAACACAGUACAAAACCACUGAAGGAGACAAUGCCCUUAACUUGCUGACAUCAGUUUGCAAUUAUAGUACUUUUCCUUUUGGAGAACAUUGUGCCAAUGCUGAUCGAAAAUGUGACUUCCUGCUGGAUCUGUAUUCACAACUUAAAGGCCAUGGGCUUCAAGUUUUCACAGAUGUCCUCCCAGCAUUACAGCCUAUUUUCGAAACAGUUUCAGAAGUGUGGAAUGUAGACCUGUCUAAAAGAGAAGCUGCCCUCUUGCUCGAAGUGCUGAAGCUCACUUUGUGUAGAAAACCAGUAAAGCUGAAGGGAUGGACGUACGAUGAGACAGAACAAAGCCUUUUUCUUCAGUGCCUGCCAUAUAUCUCACAGAUAAGCUUCUCUGAAGUUGGUUUUAAGACAGAGGAGGAGAGGCGUGGUGCAGUGAAGUUCAUGCUGGAUCUAUACCUUCAAGCUCAGCAGACUGUGGAGAGUGAUGAUGGGACUGGAGGAGACCCCGUUGCUCUGCUGUCGUCAGCCUGCAGUUUUAGCAGUUUUCCUUUUACUCACUUGGUCUGUCCUAUGAAUCAGUGUGAAUUUUUGGUGGAUUUGUACUUCUGCGCGAAGGAGCUUGAGGCUCAAACAGGCAGGGAUGUGUCCUCUGCUUUACAGCCCAUUUUCCACACAGCUCCUGCGUUCUGGGAAAUUGACCUCUCCAGGAGGUCAAGUUCCCUCUUUCUUGAAAUCCUGAAAUUGCACAAACAGAAGCCAAGUGUGCAAUUACUUGACUGGUCAGAAAGUCAGGAUGAGCAAAGGAAUAUUGUUCGGUGUCUACCUUACAUUUCACACCUGAAAAUAUUUGAUAUUAACACAAGAAUUGUGGACCCAGGAACAUUUGCGAAGAUUGUUAGGACUCUAAUUAAUCUGCAUCUGCUGGCCGCAGACCAGGAGACACAAACUGGAGAAAGAUUGGUUAGCAUGGUGCCACAGUUAUGCUGGCUGCAGAUCCUGAACAUCAGAGCCAUGGAAAGAGGAAAGGAUGAGUGUGAAAUGCUCCUGCACCUUUACUUACAUAUGCUGGAAUAUGAGGCUCAAACUGGCAGGCAAAUUCUUCCAGCGCUGUUGCCAGUGUUCCAGUCCACUCGAGAAACAUUGGUCGUUGACCUCUUUCCAAGUGUAAAGUCCUGCAGAAAACUACCGCAGACCUCGCGCGUCUUCCUCUUCCUCAGUGUUUUGAAACUUCAGACGGAGAAGAAACCCGUAGAGCUAUGGGGAUGGCCAAAUCAAGAGGAGGAGGUGCUGUGUUUUCUACAAUGUUUGCCGUACAUCUCACAGCUAAGUUUCUCCUUAUAUGAUGCAGUGGAGAUGCAGCAGGACUGCCGACUUCAUCAACCCGGAUCACAUUUGGCUGAACAUUUCUCUGAGGAGCGAAAACAACGGCUCAUGUCCUUCCUACAGGAUAUGUGUGUGUGCGCGGUCAAACACAAAGACUGCGCAGGAGAGAACUUGCUGCUACUACUGCAGUCGGUGUGCUGCUACAGCAGUUUCCCUCUGACUCACAGUUUCUACAAGCAUGCACAGUCCAAUUUCCUUCUUGAUUUGUAUUUAAAAAUGAAAAACUGCGAAGCAUUUGCUGAUGGGAGUGUGCUGUUGGCGCUGCAGCAGGUGUACCAGUCUGCUCCUGACAUGUGGGUGCUGGACUUCUCCAAGGGAAAAUGCACCCAUUUUCCAGAAGUCUUGAAGUUUCAGGUUGUGAGAAAGCCGGUGGAGGUCAGAGGUUGGUCAGAUGACGAGACGUACCUCAGGAUUCUCCUUCAGUGCUUGCCUCAUAUCUCCCACCUGAGCUUUGGUCAAAGGUAUUACGAUGAACAGAACAAUAAGGAAUGGGGGGAAAACCUUCAAUGUUUCUUACUGAAUCUGUUCAUUCAAGCGGAGAAGUUUGAUAUCCUAGCUGGAGAGAAGGCUGUGAGGCAGCUGUCGUAUGUUUGCAGUUCCAGCAGUUUUCCUUUUCUUGACACAUCUCUUGUAAGAGCAACAAAGCUGGAUUUUCUGACGGAUCUGUACUCUCAUGCCAAGGUGUACGAAUCUCAAACAGGCACAUCUGUAAUUCCCUCAAUGUAUCCAGUCUUCCAAACAACUCCUUCUGUGUGGAAGUUAGACUUUUCCAAAGGGAAGGUAUCCCUCUGUCUUGAAUUACUGAAGCUCCAAACAGAGAAGAAGACAUUAGAGAUUGAGGGAUGCUCAAAUUUGGAAAUGAAGAAUUUUCUUCAGUAUCUACCUUACAUGUCACAGCUAAGGUUCUCUCCAUGGCCAUGCUAUGAUGAUGUAUGUGAUGAAAAAGAAGAAGCCUUGAUGUUUCUCAUUAACCUGUGUGCUCAAGUAGAGCACGGUGAUGCAUGGAGAAUUCCCCAAGUUUUAGACCUUUCGGGACACAGUGACUUUCUGCUGGACUUGUACUCACACGCUAAAGGCUACGAAGCCGAAACUGGCAAACGGGUUCUGUCUGUGCUGAAGCCAGUUUAUGAAUUAUUUCCUGCUGUGUGGAUUGUAGACCUCUCUAAGACAAUGGUGUCUCUCCUCCUCGAAGUGCUGCGCUUGCAAAGUGGCAAGAGGAAGUUGGAGCUCCUGGGUUGGCCAGCUGAAGACAGUGAGAUGAAAUGUCUUCUCAUGUGUCUGCCCUACAUCUCACAACUGAGAAUUACUCCUGGACUAAGGAUUUCUGCUUCUCCAGAAGAGAAUUCUGCCAAGUCCCUCAUCCGUCUGUGUGCUGAGGCAGCGCUCUGUGACAUGAAGACAGGAGGAAAUGUCUUGCAGUCGUUCUCCUCUGUGUGCAGUUUCAGCGUCUUCCCAUUUGAUCAGAGACACGCACAGCUGCAGUGUGACUUUCUGCUCAAACUCUAUUCUCUCUCAAAGAACUACGAGGUUCAAACUGGCCAGGUCAUUCUACCUGCACUACAACCCAUAUAUCAGUCGGCUCCAGAGAUAUGGGCAGUAAAUCUCUCCAAAGUAAAAGCCUGCUUUUUCCUGGAGGUUCUAAGAUUCCAGUCUGUGGCAAAACCAAUAGAGUUGGAAGACUGGUCAGAAGAGGAGAGUGAAAUUAGAAGUUUUAUUCAAUGUCUGCCUUAUAUUUCACAGCUAAGGUUUCCGAGACUGAGUAGUGAUUCAGGACAACACAAACGUGCCAUUAUGUUCAUAAUGAAUGUGUGUGUCCAAUCUCAGGAGCAUGACAUACAGACAGGAGGAAAGGCUUUGAACUACCUCUCAUCCGCCUUAAGUUUCGUCAGCUUUCCUUUUUGGUACAUGCAUGAUGACAACAGUCAAACCGACCAGUGCAAUUUUCUCCUUGAUCUGUAUGUACAUGCCAAAGACAUGGAGGCUCAAACUGGUAGAAGAUGUUUGCCAGCACUGCAAUCACUUUUCCAGUGUGCUCCAAGCACCUGGAUUAUAGACCUCUCUAAAAGAAAGGCCUCGGUCUUCCUAGAAGUACUGAAACUCCAGUCGGUGAGAAAACCAGUAAUACUGACAGGCUGGGAGGAUGAUGAUUGUGAACUGCAACAUUUGUUGCUCUGCCUGCCAUAUAUUUCCAAGCUGAAGGUGCUUUAUUUCCAUGAGGACCAAAGGAAUUUUGAGAAGGACAAGGAAGUGGCUUUCUUUCUAUUGAAGCUUUGCUUUAAAGCUGCAGAGAAUGAGCGAGGGAUCGAAGCAGUGCUGCCUGUUCUCGGUUUCAGGGAAUUCCAUUGUCAUGACUGUAAAAAUGCUCACAGCAGAUUUCUCCACACGAGUUAUUUGUUAGACCUUCAUGCUCUCAUUAAAGACUAUGCAGGGGAGAGACUGGACAGUGUCCUUCCUGCACUAAAGUUUCUGUUUCAGACUUCUGCAGAGGUUUGGAUUCUAGAUCUGUCCAAACAUCGCAUGUCCAUUUUCCUUGAAGUGCUGAAGUUUCUAACAGGGAAAAAACCUGUAGAGGUGAAAGGCUUGCCAUAUGAUGACAAUGAAUGUAGACUUUUCCUUCAGUGUCUUCCAUAUAUUUCAAAGCUGAGCUGUGAUGGGAUUUUUUUCCAGGCAAUGUGCAAGGUUCUUCCCAUGAAUACACAAGAGGAGGAGACAAUUGCAUCACUCCUCCUUGAGGCCAUGGAUUUCAGCAUCACUCUGGGAGGACGGCUGAGCGAGGAGGACUGGAGUUCUGUGGGAAGAGUUCUUGGUGUCUCGUCCUCCACAGUGAAGCUCACGCUCAUACUUGAAGAUGUAUCAGUGCAAGGCGUCCACUUUCUCUUAAAACACACAACUCAUCUCCGGCACCUCAGAAUGAAUGAAAAUAUCACAGUCACUAUGGCCAGAAAUGAAAUACUGAUGGGAAUCCAUAUGGAAAUUGACGAGCUGUCAGUGACCAUGUCCACAACUCCUCCUCAAAAUGAGAUGUGGUCCGAGUUUCUGUCAAACCUCCUCAAACUUUUGACGUAUUGGAGAGUUCAGUCACUUGACCUCAAAUGUUGCUGCAUUGAUGGUCAUUCACUCAGUCCUCUGCUAGGUCACCCAGCACCAUUGGAAAUAAGACUGGGUAAAAAGAGUCUGCAGCAGCUGGCUUUUGUGGUGUACCAAGCCCAGGAAGAAAAACUGACUCUGUCAUUCCUUGAAAAGAUUGGUGGAGACCUAACUGCCAUGGCAGACUGGGAGGUGAUUUUUUAUCUACUGAAGCAUGCGACAAAACAAGUCAGUCUUGAUCUCUGUAAUAUCUGGUUCAAGGAAGAAAACAUCAAGGAUCUUCUUCCUUUAUUGGAAAAGGUUCGGUUCAAAAGGUUGGAGGCCACCUUGCUGCUGGCAUUCAUCAGGGAGGUUUUUGAGAGCACUUCCCAUGACUCAGUGACCAGGUUACUCACAGCAACAGAUAACUGCAUAAACCUUGAUGGAUGUGUGCUUCAGAGCAGCGACUGUGCCGCUCUGCAGUUUUUCCUCCAUCAUACGGACAAAAUCUCACUCAGUUUGCAGUGGGUUUCCAUAGCAGAGGAAAACUUACCUAGCAUACUGACACUGCUCCCCACGGUCACACGUUUGAGGGUGGACAGUAGACUGCUGCUCCAGUUACUCCAUGCCAGCCUGUCCACAGAGGAGCAGCAGAACAUAGUGGCACCGCAGCUGCUCCGGGCCCUGCAGUAUGAGCUGGAUCUGUCACAUUCAUCUGAAAGGGGCCCUUCAAGGAAAGAACAACAGAUCCUGCCUCUUCACCUCAGCACGGAUGACUGCAGGGCAAUCUCUAACAUCAUCCAGCUAGCUAACUGCAGUGCAAGACUGUGCAUUCAGCACUGUGAGAUCCAAGACGCAGGGCUCAUGGAGCUCUUUCCGGUCCUGCCGAAUGUCCAGUUAUGUCCAAGCAAGGAUAUCCUUCACCGUUUCUUCACCCUGAUGGCAGCAGGAGAUGACGGGGACUCUAAAAGGCAAGCGGAAGCUCUCUCAAGAGCCAUUGGCAAGAGGGUGGACCUCAGCCAUAAGCAGCUGGGUCUUAAGGCCUGCAGACAAUUAGCCUGGGUUCUGAAGGCAUCGGAAGGCUUGUCAGAGCUGAAUCUGAGCCACUGCAGUCUCACUGAUGACUGCAUUCACCUGCUGCAUGCACACCUACAUAAAGUGCAAACACUGGAUCUAAGUGACAACAGAAUAACUGACAGAGGGGCAUUGAAAAUUCACCACGUUGUGUCCAACAGCACCGUUGUCCAGACUGUUCGGCUCUGUAAUAACAAAAUUCACAAGAAGACGCUUUUCAUGUGGGAUGAGCGCUAUGAAAUCAAGGUCUGGAAUUUCUUUCAUUCUUGGUGUCCUCCUUCGAAAUGUGGUUUGGAGUAUCCAGAAGAGCUCGAUGAAGUGUUCCCCAAUGCACACAAUGAGAAACAGGAAUAAUGCUGCAUCUCAUAUAAUCACUAGUAGUGAUGGGUCAAGGUAAAGAGACAGAUAAUAUACAUUGAAAGCUAUUACCUUUGCCCAGGAGAAUUUACAGUUGUAAUUGCUUACAACCAUUUACACUUUUAUACAUCAGGGUCAUUGUUACUGGAACAGUACAAGAUACUUGCAUUGUUCAAGGGUAUUAUACAGGAGGUGGAGAUUCAAACCUGGGACCUUCUGAUUACAAGGCUACCUUGUUAACAACUACAUUAUAUCUCUUGUCCUCAGCAGACAAGUACAGGAUUCUUUAGUCAUCCACACUUCUUCCAUUCAUUUGACAGAACUUUUGGAAAAAUUCUGCAUUAAUACAUCUGAUGAGCCCCCUAUGCUCUUUCAUUUGGAGCUGGAGUUGGAGCCCUCAGUGUCUGUGUUUGUACAUGCAGUACAUUUCAGUUUUUUUUUCAAAUUAAUCUGACUUUUUCCUUUUGCAAACAAAUUUCAAGUAAUGAAGUACAUAGGAAUGUAUCAUGUGAUAGUAAAACAUUUAAAAAGAUUAAAAGAAAGAUUCAGGAGUGUUGGUAAGAAGUAAACAUCUAGCUCAACUGUUGCACGUGGCUGAUUCUUAUGUUGUAAUAUAAAGAUAUUUAAAUGUUUUGGGGGCUAAAAUAUCCAUUCAUUAAUUCUGUGCCACUGAACUUCCACUCAUUUUACAUUAUUAUUCUUUUUAAAGCCUGCAGGCCUUAUUUACUACACCAUCAGC